AUGGCGUCUCCUCGCCGCCGCUCCUUCCCACUCCGCUUCCUCAUCUUCAUCCCUGUCCCUCUCUUCCUUGUCCUCCUCCUCUUCCACCGCUCCUCUCAUCCUACCGCCCCGCUCCUCCACAGCGCCGGCUCUGGCUCCGGCCCCAGCCCCGAUCCCCGCCGCUUCGCCCUCCUCAUCAAGCUCCUCGCCUACGACCGGCCUGACGCGUUUCGCCGCUGCCUCCACUCCCUCGCCGCCGCUGACUACGACGGGGAUCGCGUCGCGCUCCACAUCCUUGACUUCGUCGACGCGUUCCCGUGGCCGCACGGCGAGAAGAGCGUGCACUACCGCGCCGCCAACGCGGGGCUCCAGGCGCAGUGGAUCGAGGCGUGGUGGCCCGGCUCCGACGACGAAUUCGCCUUCGUCGUCGAGGACGACCUCCAGGUCUCGCCGCUCUACUACAAGUUCCUGAAGCGGGUGGUCAUGAGGUACUACUACGACCGUGAGAACUACAGCCCCUACGUGUUCGGCGCGUCGCUGCAGCGCCCUCGGUUCGUCGCAGGUAAACAUGGAAACAAGAUACAGCUGGAUAGUGAGACUCGGCUUUUCUUGUAUCAGAUGGUAGGCACGUGGGGUCAACUUCUCUUUCCAAAACCAUGGAAAGAAUUUCGAUUAUGGUAUGAUGGCCACAAAGCCAAAGGACUCAAACCUAUUCUCCAAGGCAUGAAAACUACAGGAUGGUACAAGAAGAUGGGUGAGAGAAUAUGGACUCCUUGGUUCAUUAAAUUUGUCCACUCACGUGGAUACUUCAAUAUCUACACAAACUUCCUGAAGGAAAGGGCCCUCAGCGUUUCUCAUAGGGAUGCAGGUGUGAACUAUGGGAAAAGUGUUGGGCCAGAUUCUACUUUGUUGGAUGGGAAGAAUCUUGAUUUCAAUUUAUGGGAAUUGCAGCCUCUAAAGAAGCUAAAGUGGUAUGAUUUCUGCUUCAAUGAAGCUCUUCCAGGAAGAAUUGUUAGAAAAAACAGUGAACUUGGUUCUGUGCUCAAAUCCGUGCAAUUAAAAAGUACUGUUGUUCUUGUAACUCUGUACUCAAUAGAAGAGAGAUUUGCAAGAAACUUGAUUUGCCAUCUUGACAAGGCAGGCAUGAAGAACUCUAUUUUCCUUGGUGACAACUCAGAGUUUCUGGAUGACCUUGCUCAUAGAGGAUAUCCUAUCAUUGAUGGUAUGAAAUUUCUUCGGAGCAUCAAAUUGAGUAGUUUGCAGGGUUCUGAUGAUUUUGUUAAGGAAACAUUGGUUAAAUCUUAUGUGAUAAAAGCUUGCUUGGACCUGGGGUACAAUCUAUGGCUACUAAAUGGAAAUAUGAUUUCACUUGGCAAUAAGUUGAUCGAGCCAUCAGAUCAGUCGGUUGACUUCUUUACUGCAGAUGAAGGUUUGAUGUUUAUAAGGAGCUCGCUAGACUUGAAAAACAAAUGGAAUGAACUUACUAUGUCAAGAGUGAAAGCGAUGUGUACAUCUACUGAAUUUUCUGUUUCCAUCAAACAGAAGAGUUUUGUCCAUAUGCUAACUGAAGUGCUGGCGAGCAGUGCUGGUGUUAGGCUGGGAAAACUGGAUGAGGCUAUCAGAGUUAUUGAAUUAGGGGCUAGCACCUCAAACAGAUCAAUAUCAGAAGACCAAAGUAAUGUGCUUUUCUGGUCUCACAGUAAGGCUUCAGAUUCAGUUCAAAAGCAACUUGAAAAUAUGGACUUAUGGUUGGUUGACUCAGAUUCGUCUUGUAGUGCUGUUGUUUGUCACCAAAAGCAGAAGUAG